AUGCAGAAGGGGGCGCGUACGGUCCCCAUGGGCGUCAUCACCGCGGAGCCGCUGCAUGCGGCCUCAAAGAAGUUGAAGUUCGCCACGCGGGUCUCCACGUUGGGGAAGACGGCGCCCCGCAAGUCGGCGAAGAAGAGCGAGCCGGUGGGGCUCAAGACGGGCGGCAGCCAGAGCGGCAUGGUGUUCAACAAGGGCUUCGGGCAGCACAUCCUGAAGAACCCCCUCGUCAUCACCGCCAUCGUCGAGAAGGCGGCGAUUAAGCCCACCGACGUGGUGUUAGAAAUCGGCCCUGGCACGGGGAACCUCACCGAGAAGCUGCUGCAGGCCUCGAAGCGGGUGAUUGCCUUCGAGGUGGACCCCCGCAUGGUGGCGGAGCUCAACAAACGCUUUCAAAACACCCCGCUGGCCUCGAAGUUGCAGGUGAUCCGGGGCAACUGCCUCGACCACGAGUUCCCCUACUUUGACAAGUGCGUGGCGAAUGUGCCGUACGCCAUUUCCUCCGCCCUCGUCUUUAAGCUGCUGAAGAAGCCGACGUUUAAGUGCGCUGUGCUGAUGUUUCAGCGCGAGUUUGCCCUGCGCGUCUGCGCCCAGCCCGGCGCCGAGGCGUACUGCCGUCUCUCGGUCAACGCCCAGCUGCUGGCGCGCUGCAGCCACCUGAUGAAGAUCAGCAAGAAUAGCUUCAACCCCCGCCCAAGGUGGAGUCCAGCGUGA